UGAACUCUGUGGACCCCCUUCCCCGUGAUCUCUCAUGAGUUCUUGCCUCACAGUCUAGCAGCCUUGUGGCACAUUCUCUGCUUAUCUUGUUCUUUCACGCUUUCUAUCCUUUGUGUUGAUAAUUGCAUAUGCACUGCUUUUGUUUAGGAUGUAGGGGAAUUGUUAGGAGAUGAGGGUAGAAAUGUAGUUAGAUAACUGGAGCUAAGAAGACUUGAGAAAUAGAAAAUAAUUAACUAGGACACCAUUUUGCAGGCUUCAGAGAGUAAUGAGGUCAUUCAAACUGCAUCUUGUGUUGCUUGGGUUGAGGAGGAGGCUGGGAGUUGACAUAGCAAAGGACAUUCCCAACUUGGGAGUUUUCUCAGCUGCAAACGAAAACUUUUGAUGGUUGCUUUUUCCUUCUCCCCCAUCUCCAGUAUUGUGUUUUCACAUGGGAGAGCUAUUUUUCUUGAAGUUGUUCCAAGGGCCUGGUUUCCCUUUUUUGGCCCUUAAAUAUUAAGGGGGCAACCUGAAGGACACUUUAGGACCCCUUGAAAUAGUUUAAAAACACUGAUUUGGAUAGUCUCAGGUUCCUAGCAACUUUUGAGUUUUUGUUUUUCUCCUGCUUAGUAUGCAUUUGUUAUUUUGCUUCUCCCCACUUAAUAAGUAAUGCACAUAAUUCUAUGUUCACACUGGCUUGCUCUUAAAGACUUGGAGUUGUGUUGAUGAGUAAAGGUUCUAAUCACUCAUUUACCUUCUUAGUCUAUGAGUCAUAGGAAUUACCUGGUAAGGCAGCAUUCCAGAGAGUUGAGCUAAGCCACAAAGACAUGAUCACAAAAGGGGUGGAGUCUGAGCAAGCUAGAUGAAGAACUCAGUUGAGUUUACAGAUACUGUGACUAUCGCCCACAGGUGAUGGAGGACGAGGAGAAGGCAGUGGAGAGCUUGGUGUGCAACACGGAAGCUGCUCAUUCUCCAUCCCCCAUCCGUUGCUGCUGGCUCCGCCUCCGCUACUUGGCAGCUACUAGCAUUAUCUGUGGCUGCUCUUGCCUGGGAGUUGUGGCCCUUGUUUUUGCCAUCAAGGCAGAAGAGCGGCAUAAGAGAGGCCAGUUGGAGGAAGCAGUGCACUGGGGGGCCCGGGCCCGGAGGUUCAUCCUGGCUAGCUUUGCUGUCUGGCUUGCUGUUCUUAUCCUGGGCCCCUUGCUGCUGUGGCUGCUCUCCUACACCAUCGCCCAGGCUGAAUGACCCUGGGUGUCCUCUCCCGAGUCAGUCGAGACCUCCUGGAUCCUGCAGUGCGACAUUGCUAUAGGACUGGUAUUAACAGUGGUCCUUCCUGGCUGGGAGGAUGGUGCCUCUCAAAGGGUUUUGGAAGAGCUUUUUUAGUUAUUACAAAAGGAAGGUAGUAGUUGAGACUGAUGAGGGGGAAGGUCAGCCUACUCUUCUUCCAGUGCCCACCACCUCUAUGCGCCCCCACCUCACUCUAGGGGUCUUCACCUAGAGUGGGGUUGGAUACCAGGCCUGAUUUUAUUAGAAUUUGUUUUGUAAUAAAAACCUUUUUUAUUAGUGAACUGCUCCUGUCUAAUUGUUCAUCCCAUGCUUUUUCCUGG